AUGAUAACAAAGGAGGUGGCAGAGCGCUUGUUUAAAAAUAUUCUAGAAUCAAAAGAUACACUGAAUAACAUAUUCCAAGCGUUUCAAAAAGAGUUUGAUAUUAAUUUGCAAUAUCAAAUUCUUCAUUUGCUAUCAAUAUUAUUGCAAAAUGGUGUUCUCUCGCACGAAUCGAAAUUAGUUACACUAUACUUAAUGAUUUCGACGUUUCCAGGCCCAGCUGUUUCAAAUCCAUAUUACAGUUUAUUUAUAUUCCUUUACGAAUCACGAUUUGAGUCACCAAAUGAAUUCCCUCCGAAUUUUAUACGUAUUCUUGAGAAUGUACUAUGCGGGAAUCCCCUUGAAAUUGGAGAUAAUUCAGUAAAUGAAGUGUUUGGUCUCUCAGUUGUAGCUGAGCAACCCAAAUAUCAAGCUAAAUCUGAUAUAAAACCAUCAAUUAUUCAUGUCGAUAAUCAGGUUAAAGAUGAUCCAAAUGCAAUUUCUUACCAUGACCUUAUUAUAAUACUCCUUACAGAAGUAGACUUACAACAAGUAUAUACUCCACCACGAAUCUCAGAUUCUCCAGAAUUAUUCCCUUAUUCCCUUGAAGAAGCUCAACAAUUUGAUACAUAUACACUCCCAAUGAAUUGUUUCUUAUAUGACGACCCAAAACAGUACGGAAAUAUACUAUUUAAAAGAUCACACGAGCAGAAACUAACAGACGAAGAAUCUCAUGACUUAGUUUUGAUUAUUUCAGCUUCUCCGGAAGUUCUAAGGAACAUUGAUGAUAAGCAAUUAUCAUUUAUGAUCGAUAACAACCCAAAUGUUGCUAAGAAAUACAUCGAAAUUUGGUCAAAAAAGAAACCUCAAAUUUUUGACACCAUUGCAAGCCUUCCUAUCUCAUUAAGUGAAAUCGAAAUAGUGAAGUUUUGCUCUACAUUACCGAAUAUUACUCAAAAAUUCGUUGAUAAAUGGAUUACCAACGGAAUGAAGACAAUUGACACCGAAAAUGAGAAUUCUCUGAUGGCUGAAGCAAGAAUGUUUUGCCGCUUGACCUCAUUCAUCAUACAGGAGAAUGCAAAUCAGAUCGGACAAACAGUUAAAAUGGAUCUUAAAUCUUUUUGCUUAAUACUAUGCAGCAAAGGCCUCGCCGAAGCUCAAGAGCUUUUUGAAAGGCUCUAA